AUGGACGAGAUGAAAUCGAAGAAACAAGAACAAUGCAGUCGUCGCAAGAAAGCCACAGCCAUCUGCCGUAAAACUGGAGAGCACGUCCACUACCCUCCCAAGCGGCGAACAAAAUCCACGCGUCCUCGUCACGCGCCGUCACAGGUUCACGGAUCGAUCUUCACUCGCGUGAUACGCUACGGCGAAUGCAGGAAGAACCAGGCCUCUCGUGUCGGAGCCACGGCUUACGACGGCUGCGGCGAGUUCGUCAGCGCCACUACCGAAGAAGGUUCUAUGAACUGCGCUGCAUGCGGCUGCCACCGUAGCUUCCACCGGGAAGAAUCCUUUUACGACAGAGUCCUUGAAGUGCUCAAGAUUUCUCCGUCUCGGUUUCGCCAGAUCUUCUGCUGCCCUUACGGCAACUGCAGAAAGGGCAACGAGAAGAAGCGGGUGGUAGAUCGAUUGGGCGGCGGCGAUUUAGCGGAGAAGGAGGCGGGGAGAGUGAAGAAGAGGUUGAAGACGAAGUACACUGCAGAGCAGACGGAGAAAAUGAGGAAAUAUGCAGAGAAGCUGCGGUGGAAAGUGAGUCCUGAGAGUAGAGAGGAAGUUGAUGAAUUCUGCAUGGGGAUUGGAGUGAACCGGAGGAAAUUUAUGGUUUGGAUGAAUAAUCACAAGGAGAAAAAUUGA